UUAAAACACUACCAAGUGUUUUAGUGUGCGCCGCAAUGUUAUCGAUUGCUCCCGGUCUAAACACGCUUAAAAGGGGCAGUGUUCAUCUGCAGAAAGCCGCCAAAGUGGUCAAUGAUCAGAUCGGAUCCAGGCAAGUGCUGGCGUUUUUCGUCCUCACGGGGUUUGUUCUGUGCGGAGUGGUAGAACAGAGCGCUUCAGUGGCUUUGAGGGCGAACAGCACUUCCAGCUACUCAGCAGCUGAGUUUGCUGAGUAUGUGGAGAACACCAGCUACAUUACCAGGUAUUGUCAGCCGCUGGAGGAUAGUAAUGGGACUGAAAGCACCUAUACGAUUCAUGUAGUGCGAUCCAUACCGCAUAUUGAGAUUCCCAUGACCAGGACGGAUGAAACCGAAGGCGUGCUCCGCCAGGCCUUCAUGUGGGGAACUUUGGUUUCUCCGCUAGCGGCCAGUAGGAUCGCCGCUCGAGUCGGCGCCGAGCGCCUGUAUGGAGUAGGGGUUCUAGGAACUGGAGUGGUGGCUGUCCUGGUGCCCGCCAGCUGGCUGACCGCUGGGCACGUUUGCGUCCGCAUUGUCCAAGGCAUUUUUAUGGGGGCCACUUGGCCAGCUGCCCACAUGUUGGCAGUCACCUGGAUCAAGCCCAAGAACCUCAGCGCUUUUGUGUCCCUCUAUUCUGCGGUGAAUCUCGGCUACGCAGUGGUGGGGAUUUUGGGAACGGUGCUGGUGCGCCACUGGGGCCGCGACUGGCUCAGCUACGUCAUAUCAGUGGUGUCGGGAGUUUGGUACUUUCUCUGGUGGAGGUUUGUUGAGGAGUCGCUCCAUCCCAAUAGGCCCAAGCGCGAUGAACACCGGAAUUUGCCUUGGAGGAAGCUGCUGGGGUCCAAGCCGGCGUGGGCGUGCGGAGUAGCAGUGGUGGGGAGCCAAUGGGCUGACGCCACCUUGAUGCUGGGCGUGACCAAGUACCUCAAACUGGUCUAUGGGUUUUCCAUUGAAUACGAGGAUAUUCUGCAGUCCAUGCCGCACAUCGGUCAUUUCUUCGCCGCCAUCACCUUUGGAAUAGUUGUAGACCAUGUGAGGGCUUCUGGAAUAGUCUCUACCACCACAGCACGGAAGCUCUUCGUCUACAUGUCCCAUUUUCCUCCGGCCGCUCUGAUGUUCAUCCUGGGUUACACUGGAUGCGAUCCAGCCGCCCCUGCCGCCCUCUAUGUGGCAGCGCUAGCAAUGACAGGCGCCACCGCGUCUGGUGUAUUUAGCAGCGCUGCAGACAUUGCGCCCAACUUUGCAGGCACGGUCUUCGGGCUCUGCCAGACAGUGGGCGCUGCCGGUCUGCUUGCAGCCAAUUACGCCGUUUCCGAAGGGUUGCAUGGAUCGUUUGCCGGUUGGUGGCGACUAGUUUUUGGCGCAUCCACUGCCAUCUUGCUCUUCACCGCCAUAUUUUUUAUGAUUUGGGGUAGCGGCUCGGUUCAAGACUGGAACGAGUCGGAAAACGAACCCUCUAUUGAGUUGGAGGAUGUGGAGGAACCAUCCAGGCUGGAUUCUGUCUUGGAGUAGUCCCGUCUCCAUCCGAAUAAAUAAUUUUUCUUCGUAA